CGUAAGUAAGUGCAAGGUGCGAGUGGCAUUUCGUUUGUUGAUGUUGACGUUAGAGAGACCAUAUUGGAAAAUGAGGUUAUAAAACUUUGUCCUGUCAAAUAUCGAUAAUUUCGUUUUAACGCUAGUUAAUAUGUAUAUAGUUAUUGUAUAGCGUCAAAUUCGACUGUACAUUAAUGAAAAGUGUAGAAAUAUGUGAUUUUUAAAUAAUUAGCUGAGAUUAAAUAAGAAAUAAUGUUCAAAAACAAACUUUUUCGUCAAAUGGGAUGGGGACGUGCUCUUGGAGUUUUGUUGGUAGUUUGGUUUGUUUUUAUAAUAAUUGCUUUCGGACUCCUAAAACAUGAAAGUGACCCACAAACUACACAGCGAAUGAAUCAAGCCUUUAAGGAAUUGCAACUUUUGCAUCAGCAAAGGACAGAACUUAACCAACUUUUAGAAGUUUAUGUAAAUGGGAACCCAUCAAUAAAACAAGAUGAGAAGGAAGCUCUGUUUAAAUCGUAUCAAAGAAAAAUGGCUCAUAUAGGAUUAGAACCUGCACAACCACAUGACAUUGUUCUUGGGUCGAGGGAAGAGCCGAGUCUGGAGUACGAGAAGCUACGACGAAGGCUGAAGAUGGGUGUGGACGAAUUGUGGUACUUUGUUAGUGCCCAGGUGAAACUGGCACAAAGAGACGCUCAGGAUGGGAACUCAAUGCGGCUAACUGCCCGACUGAACCGCCUGCUGAAUGAGGGUAUUGAACACAAAAGAGCACUGGUUAAGGACCUGAAGAGCCUAGGUGAGACAGACGGUUAUGGAGCAUGGAGAAUGAAGGAGGCAGCAGCACUGUCAGACUUGGUGCAGAGACGAUUAUACUACUUACAGAAUCCUGCUGACUGUAAGACAGCCAAGAAACUGGUCUGCAAUCUCAAUAAGGGGUGUGGAUACGGGUGUCAGCUGCAUCACGCCGUGUAUUGUCUGCUUGUAGCAUACGGCACCCAGCGAACUCUGGUGCUAAAGUCCAAGGGCUGGCGGUACCAUCGCGGUGGCUGGGACGAAGUGUUCCAACCAGUCAGUGAUACAUGCAGUGAUACCACCACAGCAACAUCAACCUCUAAUUGGCCUGGUACAGCAUCAACACAGGUGGUGGUGUUGCCCAUCAUAGAUUCAGUGUCUCCACGACCCCCCUACCUACCGCUGGCUGUGCCCCAGGACUUGGCACCGCGGAUAGCCCGUCUCCAUGGAGACCCCAUCGUGUGGUGGGUGGGUCAGUUCCUCAAGUACCUGUUACGUCCACAGCCCAACACCGCAGACUUGCUGCAUACUGCUGCUGAGCGCUUCUCCUUCCAGCGGCCCAUUGUAGGCAUACACAUAAGACGGACUGACAAGGUGGGUACGGAAGCAGCGUUCCAUUCUGUGGAAGAGUACAUGGAUGCUGUGGAAGAGUACUACAAGCAGCUGAGUCUGUCCCAGUCAGUCGAUGUCAAGAGAAUCUAUCUAGCAUCAGAUGAUCCUAAAGUUUUUGCAGAAAUAAAGAAAAAGUAUCCGGACUAUGAGGUAUUGGGAGACCCUUCAGUGGCCAAGAGCGCUGCAGUGGCUACAAGAUAUUCAGAUUCCUCUUUCAAUGGCAUUGUCAUGGACAUACAUUUCCUUUCUCUCUGUGACUACCUUGUAUGCACCUUCUCAUCUCAGGUAUGCAGGGUUGCAUAUGAAAUCAUGCAGAGUUUGUAUCCUGAUGCCUCAGAUAGAUUCCGUUCUCUUGACGACAUCUACUAUUUUGGUGGUCAAGCUCUUCACAGGAGGGUUGCAGUGUUGCCACAUAAGUCUCAGGGCCCUGAACAGAUGGAUCUACAAGUGGGAGAAAUGGUGGGUGUGGCUGGUAACCACUGGAAUGGCUACAGUAAGGGCCGUAAUUUGCGCACCAACCAAGUCGGACUCUACCCAUCGUUUAAGGUGGAAGAAGUAGUGGAAGCAGUGGAGUUUCCAACAUAUCCUCAAGUUCCUAUCGAAGCUCCUAGUGGAACCUGAUAGGUUUCACUAGGGUUAAGUUAGCAUUAAAAUUAAGUUUAAUAUCGGCAUUAAGUGAAAUAAUAUAAAGGCUUGUUUAAAGACCUGUAAGAAAGUGUUAAUAAGUGUGGCCAGCGCUGUUGGUGACUAAAGUAAAACAUACUGUUGCUGUAAUUGUGCUCAUAUAAACUGUUAACUAAUUGGAGAUAUUAUGUCCGGAGCGUAGUUUUCAAUAAAUACCUGAACAAUCGGUUACAAGUAGUAAAAGUGGGAUGUGUAAUGGAUAGAUUUUCUAAAUUGAAAUAAAGAGAGUGCCUUAUACAGGUAUAAUUAAAAUAUGGUACCAGUAUAAUUUUAUCACCAAUUUAGCCCUGGAACACAUUAUCGUAAAAUAUUAUAUUGCAAGAAACAAGAUUUAGACUAAACAUUCCUUUGCUUAUGGUUAGAUUGAACAAUACUUAUAGUAAAUAGCUCAGUACACAUUCUACUGCAAAAAUUUAGCUGAUAUUUUAAUAUCACAUUUUUAUUUUACUGUUCAAUAGAAACUGAACAUGCUUUAUGCAAAGUGAGCCUAGCAAAUUAUGCAAUUAUUUUCAGUAGAAACAGAAAACAGUAGAUAGAUGUUCACACUAUCUAGCAGCAAACCAGGAAACUAGGUAUUGAUAUUUAGUUUACAAUUUCUUAUUGGCUAUGUAGAUUCAACACCUGUCAAAGAAUGCAAUAAAAAUAACAAUAGUGCACAACGAAAUAGCAUGUGUAGUUGUCCUCUUUCAAUACAAAAUUAAUAAUACUAAAUAAAUACAUAAAAAGCUGUUAAAGGUUACUUGCCUUUUGAGUUUAGUCACAUGAAAUAUAAAUAUACAAGCUUGACUAUUAUAUCUAUUAGAAUAGAAAAUUGGCACUGUUUUUGCAGGCUACUGCUGUGUAUGAGAGUACACCAUCAAUUUGCAAGUCUGCUUGUUAAUAAUAUACAUGCUAUGACAUAGUUGUCCAAAUUGUGGUUGGUUGCAGCACCAUGCAGGCUGUACUUAAUAGACCAAGAGAAAACAAACAUAUAUGUACUACUACAGGCACUAUGGGUGAAUGAGUAUUAGCAUGUGUGCAGUGGUUAAGGAGCUAAGUAUUUAGACAACUUUGAAAAAUAUCUGUAACAGUCAAGAUGAAUCUUGUAUUAGACUUAAUGAAUACAUCAUUUUUAUUUUUACGAAGUCCUUUUUUGUUUGGAUUUGGAAAAGUUAAAAGCUAUCUUAAAAUACUUCUCACAGGUCUUUGAACAACUUAAUUUUACAAGGAUCUGAAACAAAUAUACAAAUUGUAACUAACUCUCCAAGUGAUAGGAUCGUGAUAGCACUGGCAGGGUAGACUACAGCUACUAUUAUGGGCAUAUAUCUUUCAAGUGAUAAUUUCACAGCAACAUGACAUGCUGAAGGUAAAGACAAACAACGCCAUUCUAGCAUUUGGAGGGUUAAGUCUCUUACAACUUGCUUUGUAAAUUAAUCUGUACAAAAUUAGUGUAUACAUUUUGCAAUAACAAUAAAAUAAUUGUGUUACAUAAACUC